CAAUUUACAUUUCCCGAUUUCCAAGUAAGCUUAUUAGACAAAACAAACCCAACCUCGCUUUUUCUAAAUUUUCACACAAGGUUCUCUUUCUACACUUUGAAAGAUCUCCACCAAUUGGAAACAAAAUACUGUAUACCUGCGACACGAUUGAAGACAAAAGAUCCGGAGAAAGUGACCAUAGAUCGAUGGCGGAUAGCAGCACAGUACCUGGACUCUCGCGACUGGUAUCAAGAACAAAUCUUGACGAUUACUCACACUAUGGUGCACAUACGAAUACCAGAGAUGCCGAUGCGUCAAACGAAGCAAGCAGCAUUGGGUCAAAUUUGUCAAAUGAAAAGAGGUCAGAUGUAGAUGAAGAUUUAGGUCAUGAAACCAUGCCAGAUAUUGGAGACGAGGGUGGAAAUGAAAGGAGUAGAGACGUCGAGUCUGGUCUGAAUCUGGAGAAGGCAGAAUCGAAGCGAAGUGUACGCGACCCCAGCCUCAUUACUUGGGAUGGACCCGAGGACCCAGAAAAUCCUAAAAAUUGGACAAUCAGACACAAAUGGGCUGCCGUUUUCAUUGUAUCCUCGUUCACCUUUAUUUCGCCAGUCUCAUCUUCGAUGGUUGCGCCAGCUAUAACCUCCAUUGCAAAAGAACUCGACAUCACCAAUCAAACCGAACAGUUCAUGACCCUAUCAGUUUUUGUUCUCGCUUACGCAAUAGCACCCAUGUUUCUAGGACCUCUAUCAGAAACUUAUGGGAGAGUUAUAGUUUUGCAGUUGUCCAAUCUCCUCUAUCUUAUCUUCAACUUGGCUUGUGGAUUUGCUCGAACCAAGAACCAAUUGAUCGUCUUUCGGUUUUUAUCAGGAUGUGGAGGAAGCGCACCCUUAGCAAUUGGUGGUGGUGUUUUGGGCGAUCUUUUCAAUGCAGAACAGCGAGGAAAAGCGAUGAGUAUGUAUAGCCUCGCUCCUAUGCUUGGUCCAGCCGUAGGACCGAUAGCUGGGGGUUUUAUUACUGAGAAUACUAGCUGGAGUUGGGUGUUCUACGCAACAUCCAUCGCGGACGCUUUCAUUCAGGUAAUGGGACUCUUCUUCUUACAGGAAACCUAUACACCAGUUCUCCUAGAGCGCAAGAAGAACAGACUGAUCAAAGAGAGCGGGAACUCGAAUCUGCAUACCGAAUUCGACAGGCCUGAUCGUACUUUCUCAAAGACACUCAGAAUCGCCGCUAUUCGACCCUUCAAACUUCUCGGCACACAGAUCAUCGUUCAGGUGUUAGCACUUUACAUGGCCUACCUUUACGGCCUAACGUAUCUAGUUCUCUCCACCUUCCCGGUACUUUGGACUGAACGUUACCACGAACCUAUCGGAACGGGAAGUCUGAAUUACAUUUCGUUAGGUCUAGGGUUUUUCCUAGGAUCCCAAGGUGCUGCCUAUUUCCAGGACAAAAUCUACAAAGCUCUGAAAAACCGAAACAAUGGAGUAGGAAAGCCGGAAUUCCGAGUACCUCUUAUGCUACCUGGUGCACUUCUCGUGCCCAUAGGGCUUUUUUGGUAUGGAUGGAGUGCCCAAGCACACUUACAUUGGAUUAUGCCCAAUAUUGGGGCGGUUAUAUUCUCCGCGGGAACGAUCAUCGGAUUCCAAUGUAUCCAGAGUAUGUUAUUCCCACCUCACUUAAGGCUCUCAACUAAUUUUGUUCUCUUCUGUAGCUUAUAUUGUGGAUUCGUACACCAGGUUCGCAGCCAGUGCUUUGGCUGCUGUGGCUAUGAUUCGAUGUAUUGCUGCCUUCGGAUUCCCCCUCUUUGCGUCGUAUAUGUAUAGCGCUUUGAACUAUGGAUGGGGGAAUAGUCUUCUGGCGUUCAUUGCUAUUGGGUUGGGUUGGCCGGCACCUAUCCUACUAUGGAAAUUUGGAGAGACGUUGAGGAAGAAGAGCAAGUUUGCUACUGGUUAAUCAUUCGAACCGGGCACAGCUUAGAGUGCUCCUCAUCUUGUUUUGUAUGUUAUUAACGAGCUAUUGGUAUAUGUAUAAAGGAGAAUUCGGGAGGAG